AUGUUGAGUUUUCCUGAGUUCCAGAAGACGAAGAGUAUACGUUGUCGUUCAGGAACGUUGACAACAAUUGAAUUUUUUUUGUGCGGUGCUACUGCUGCCGAUAAUUCUUUGCAAAAGUGUGAGGUACAAUUUUUAGAAACUGAGACAAUCUCCGACAAUGUCUUGUUAUUCAACAAUACUAGAGACUUGGGGUCGAAUGUAAGGAAUGCACAAUACCUCUGCGCAGAAAGCUAUUACCCCUUACGAGUUGUGCUUUCUUCAGUAUUGCACAACACUUUGUGGAUUUUUAGAUCAAGCUAA